CGCAGUCUCCGGAGCUCUGUCUUCAGCUGCCCCUCGUUCGUAAAACGCGUGCCCCUCAGGUGCCCCUUGUCUGCACGGAAAGUCCUUGCGCAACCAUACCGCGAAACGAGGACUGUUGAAGAACAUCACGCUUGGUCUUUGCAGCGAAACGCAGGGGGAAGCGGACACAGGGAGUUUGGGUGCUAUGUCCUCAUCUUUGGUCAAAAACUCAGGUUCUGCAUCGUAGCAUGGUUUCGGACCAGUUCUCGGACGCUCUGGACGAAAUGGACGUGGACACGCUGCCAGCCCCCGUCACCACGCUGGACACAUGCGAGAGAUCAAUACGCCGGAGGUCUCUCCCUCCAUUACCCAGCACGGCAGAGCUUUCAGAAGGAGAGUCGUCACAGCGCGGACGCGUAGCAACUACCGGUCGCAAGCGGAAAACGAGCGUUCUAUCUCAACUCACCAGGGAAACCAAGCUAGCCAAAGAGCGGGGCUCCCCAGCUCCCAGCAGCAGCAGACCCAAGCGGCUCCCGUUCGCCGACCUAGCGAACUACGAUGAUAUCCUCUGCGACCUGCUGGUCGACUCCCUGCACCUGGGGUUCAAAACGCAUAAAAUGAACGGCGAUUUUUAUUGCCCCGACGCUUCACCGCACGGUGGCGUUGAUGUUUUGGAUGCCCCGAGGAAGACGCCCGGGUUGGAGAGGGAGCAGAGCGAUACGGAGGCUGUUGCGGCGGCUGUCAUUGAUAUCGUGAGGAGAUAUGUCAUUGAUGAGAAGAGGCUGGAUUUGGCUGCUCAGGCUCUGUUGACGUGCAUAACCAUUCCGGAGGAUGGUUUUAAAAGUUUUGGUACCAUGUCUGAGGCGCUUCAACGAUCCUUCCAAGUUUUCGUGCCCUUCUUCCGUGGGAAAACGCCUGAGCAAUUGCAGGACUUCACAGAUCAUGCGGGACGGUACUUCGGAAUGUAUCACCCAGCCGCGGGGUAUGAAGUAGCACAGACCAACCGAUACGGCAGCUCAGGGAAGGUGGAAGCGUGUCUACGAGCGACACGCACCUUCGCGGUUGGGGAUGAGAUGCGAUAUUGCACCGGGGUCAUCGCCGAACUGGAUCAGAGCGAGGAGGCAUAUCUCACCGAUCGAGACUUUAGCGUCAUGUUCUUGACAAAGAAGGAGUGCUCUUGCUUGUUCCUUGGCCCGGCGCGGUUCAUGAACCAUGAUUGUGAUCCCAACGCCAAGUUCAUCAUUCUGAGCCUGAAACGGAAUCUCAUCGGCUUCAAGGUGCUGAAACCGAUCGAAGUUGGAGACGAGAUUACUACUUUUUAUGGCGAGAACUACUUUGGAGAAAACAAUAAGGAAUGCCUAUGCGGAACUUGUGAACGAUUGCACAAGGGAGCUUUCACCAGGCACGACGCCCUGCGCGAGAUAUUACCCGAUGGGGAAUACGAGCUCCCCAUGAUUGCCAAACUGAGGAAGAACUCGGCCCGCUCGCACACGUGGUCAUUCGAGCAGAACUUUGAUUCCGGAACUGACUCUGCUGAUAAGAAAAAGGAUAAAGAUGACGCUAACGUGCCCAAAUGCGCAACCUGCAAUGAAGGGCUCCUUGCGCUCAAUGCAACUCCGGAAACGGACUGUCAACGGUGUAUGCGCCAUGGUGAAAUUUUCGGCGUACGGUGGCCGAAUAGGAAGGGAAUAAGACGGUCGACCACCACCAAUGCCUUGGAAGAGGCCAACGUCAACUCGAGUACGGAAGACUCUGUCACUGGCAACACGACAUCCAUGUCUGAUGUGGAGAACACAGAAGGUGAGGCGUGAGCUCGUCUCUCGUUGUAAAUUUGUACUUAUGUUGAAGUUUUAUUGUGCACAGACACUCCUGUUGCGAAAAAGCCGCGGAAACGAGGCCCACGGAAAAGGAAGAAGGUGAGCUACCAUUCGAAGGCGCUGACCAGGGCCCAAAUGCUGACGA